AUGCGCUAUUUUGAGAGCAAGGCAAGAACUGUCACAUUUGACAGCUCCAAGCCAAACAAGGAAGAAGAGGAAGACGACGAGCUGGAUUUGUCAGACGAACGACGACCUCGAUUGGAACCAGCACACGGAAACAAGCACUCAGACGCAGAUAUCAAGACUCAGAUACAGACAGCACCAACAGCACCACCAACAACAACCAUGUCUUUCGAAGCAAAGGAGGUGUACCUGCCCAACCCACGCUGCGAGCGCGGCAAGCCCUUUGUGCUCAGUGCCGAUCCCAAGGGCAAGUACUUUGUCUACCCUCACGGCAAAACCAUCGUCGUCCGCGAUGUCGAGGACCCAUCCAAGGGCUACACGUACAGCGAGCACGCUGCGCAGACCACCGUGGCCAAGUUUGCCCCAUCCGGUUUCUACGUCGCCUCCGCAGAUGUGACGGGCAAGGUUCGCAUCUGGGACACGACGCAGGAGGAGCACGCGCUCAAGUACGAGUACCGCCCGCUCGCAGGCCGCAUCCUCGACCUUGCGUGGACAGAGGACAGCAAGCGCAUUGUCGUGUGCGGCGAGAGCGGCGAGCGCUACGCACACGCCUUUCUCUGGGACAGCGGCUCAUCUGUUGGAGAGCUGAUUGGCCACACAAAGGUCGCAAACUCCAUCGACGUCAAGCCCAACCGGCCGUACCGCGUGGCGACAGCCUCUGACGAUGCGCACGUCGGAUUCUACGCCGGCCCGCCCUUCAAGCUCGACCACAAGUCAAACAACCACUCCAACUUUGUCAACUCUGUGCGCUUUUCCCCCGACGGCGCCUUCUUCGUCUCCGCCGGCGCAGACGGCAAGGUGUUUGUGUACGACGGCAAGACGGGCGAGCUUCUCUCCGAGCUCAAGGACGGCGAAAAGGCGCACGCGCGCGGCGUGUAUGCUGUGAGCUGGUCCGCCGACUCGAAGCGCUUCAUCACCGCAUCCGCCGACAUGACCGUCAAGAUGUGGAAUGCGGAGAGCAAGGAGCUUGUGACGGCGUUCCCCUUUGAGGACGCGCUCGACAACCAGCAGCUCGGCUGCCUCUGGAUGGGCGAGCACAUCAUCUCUGUUGGCCUCAACGGCCACAUCUACUUCCUCGACGAAGCAAACCCCGCCACCCCAAAGCGCGUCAUCACGGGCCACAACCGCGCCAUCACUGCGCUCACUGCCGUGCCUGGAUCUGGCGAGGCGUACAGCGCUUCCUAUGAUGGCAAGGUGUGCCGGUACGACCUGUCGAGCGGGCUUGCGACGGAGCUGAAGCAGUCGUUUGACAACUCUGUGCUCGCCAUGGCGGCUGCUGACGGCGUGUUUGUGGCCGCCUCCAUCGCCGACACCGCAGCCGUCACCCCGCUCGGCGCAGACGCCCUCGGUAACCACUUUGAGGUGGAGAGCACGCCCAACGACGUGGCGCACGCCGCCGGUGUUACCCUCAUCGCCUGCCUCAACGAGGUGGUUGUGCGCGGUAACGUGACAGCCCGCCUGCCGGUCGACUACGAGCCACAGGCGUGUGCGCUGUCGCCAGAUGCGAAGGAGGCCGCUGUCGGCGGGAAGGACGGCAAGAUCCGCAUUUACGACGUGGCAGACGCCGGCCUUGCCGAGAAGAAGGUGCUUGAUGCCUCUGGCCCCGUCACCGCCCUCGCCUACUCCCCAGACGCAGCACACCUCGCUUCCGGUGAUGCGAACCGCAACGUGUACGUCUUUGAUCGCAGCGACUUCUCCCUCAAAAUGAACCGGUGGCGCUUCCACACGGCGAAGAUCAACGCGCUCGCCUGGAGCCCCAACUCCCGCCUCCUCGCAAGCUCGUCGCUUGACACGAACGUGAUUGUGUGGAACAUGGACAAGGCAACAAAGCGCAUUGCCAUCAAGGGCGCGCACCCGCAGCACGACGUCACCGCGGUCGCCUGGCUUGACGACACGACUGUGAUGAGCGGUGGCCAGGACGGCGCCCUGCGCACCUUUGCCAUCACCCCGCACCAGUGAACCCCCUCACACCCUCACACCCUCACACUCCACACCCUCAGCCCCAUACAACAACAACAAAACUCAAAUGUAGCUGUUUCUUCCUUUCCCCCCUCCCCUUUGCGUUCCGUUCCACCGUGCUUGCUUGUUGGUUGGUUGUUGAGCCGUGCUGAAGUUGUUUUGUUGCCUGCAAGCAAGCGACACACACAGCGAGUGCUCUUGCUUGUUGUGAUUUGGCGCCGCUUGCUCCCUCUGUGGUGUUGCCGUUGGGGGGUUUGCGCGCGUGUGUGCGCUGUUCAUUGUUUCCAAUCUUCGUUCCAAUACACGUCUGUUUUUUGUUC